AUGGGCGGGACAUCUGGGAACAUGCUCUGCGGAUUGUUCAAAGGACUUUUCCUCUACAUCUCGAUCCCGCCGAAGGAGGUGCAUCAGUGGAGGUUGGAGGGCCGGCUCGUGCAGGGAAUCAAGGACGCGUUCGAAACCAUCCCCCCAACUAAUAGAGGCGGAUACUACCCCUGGUUUCUGGAACACCAGUCCGUCUUGGAGGCUGAGGUCGCCGACGAUGAGCUCAUCCUUGACCAUGCAUCGAACAUCACCCGCACCGCCUGGAUCAUGACCGGCGGAUCUCCCAGAGAUAGCCUCAACGUCAUCGACACCAAAAUCCGCGGUCUGCCCCUGUCGCGACAGACCUGCCACAUCCUCUACCGAGGCCUUUCAGCCGGCGGACACCCCAAUCCAAUCCAAGACGAGUGGAUCGACUUCGGCUUCGUUGCCACUUUUAACAGCACGGAGGAGCGCGACCUCGGUGUGGCAUACUUGGCGCUCAUCAGAGUCUGCACAUUCGAGGAAUUCUGCACCGCGCAUGAGUCCUCCUCGAUCCCGGCUCUCUUCGAGCGCUAUGGUCUGCAGUGCACUCGGAACUUCCGCGACGUCAUGGCCCACUCACCGUACACGCGCAAGUCCGCCUGGAACCUGAAGCACUACGUGGACCAGCUCAAUGACGGGGCUCCGAAGGACGAUGCUUCUCGGGCUACCCCGGUGCUGAUUCCUUCCGUGACCGCUGACUACGGGUACAUGAACUGUCGAAAGGACGGGGACACAAAACUGCUGGACACCGCGUACAAGCGCUACUUUGCCCAUCCUCGAGCGGAUCCUAUCGCCCUCCAUGAAGCCUGCAUUCACGGAAACCUCCUCACGUAUCUCACACCCUUCGCACACUGGAAGGCCUCCCAGAAGAAGGCUUAUACUCGCCUGUUGAAGAACCCGUAUCCGCUUCCGCAGCCUUUUGAGUACGCUGGCAUAACAUGUAACGGAAACGUUACCAUCUACCUCGGCGGCCCCCCAGGCCCUGACACAGCUUCGACGUCGACGGCUUGA